AUGUCAACAGAGGGAGUUCAACCCACUGCACAAAAUAAUGGCAAUAGUGCAAAUCCAGUUCUGUCUGCACCUACUGGAAAUGGGACUGCCACAAACCCAACUCCGCAGGCAGCAACUACAAAUGAGCAGAAUGGCAAUGCUGGGAAUGGUAAUGUUGUCGAGGAAUUACUCGACGUUGGUAAGCUUAAGAGUGUUGUUUGGCAACACUAUACCAAAGUUCGAAUUAAUGAAAUUGUCAAGGCUAAAUGCAAUUAUUGUAAGAAGCAAUUAGGUGGGGAAUCAAAUAAUGGUACUACCCACCUAAAGAAUCACACCAAAAUAUGUGUUCAGAAGAAAAUUAGGGAUGGUAGUCAAAAGAUUCUCGGCCCUCACUAUUUGGCUAAAGGAAAGCAAGACUUGGUUGCUACUGCUUUCAACUCUGAUUUUUCAAAAAGGGAGCUUGCAAUUGCUAUUACAAUGCAUGAAUAUCCUUUAUCGAUGGUUGAUCAUCUCUAUUUCAAGAGAUUUGUCUGCUCUCUUCAACCAUUGUUCACGGUUCCAUCGAGGAAUACUAUAAAGAAAGAGGUCUUUAAGAUCUAUGAUAUUGAAAGAGCUAAGAUUCAAAGUCUGUUUGAUAUCAACAGAGGUAGAAUUGCAAUAACUACUGAUUUAUGGACUGCCACCAAUCAAAAGAAGGGGUACAUGGCUGUUACAGCUCAUUAUAUUGACAACUCGUGGGUGCUUAGGAGCCAUAUGCUUAGAUUUGCAUAUGUACCAGCACCUCAUACUGCUGAAAGGUUGGGGACAGUGUUGGUUAACUGUUUGCUCGACUGGAAUGUCGACAAUGAUGCUGCCGCUGGAGCAGGAGUGUUGGAAGGAUGUUUCUCCCCUACAAGUGAAGCCAAUCUGGUCCAGCUCCAACCUGAUGCUGAAACUACUGAAGGUAAUAAGCAAAAAACCUUGUUUCAGUUGUCUGAUUUCUUCCAGCCUUUGAUAUAUGUCAAUGAGAUUGAGAUAGUUUGUUUAAAUGUGUUUUGUUUGAGUUUUGUUGCCUUGGCUGCUGGGUGGAACCAAGGAAUGCAGAAUGCUGCAUUGUUGCUGCUGCUGGAAAGUGGAGUAUGGAGGCCUGAAGUGAAGUCUUUAUCUUGCUGCUGUGUUGCUGCUGCUAUCGAAGCUGCUCUCGAGUAG